UCGAUAUACUGGCGAGCAACCCUGCCGAUGGUAAAGCAGUGCAGUGGCGUGACAGCCAUGUUAUCGGUUAAGCAGGGUGGUGUCUUUCUUUCUUUUUGACCACGUUCCGUGCGAGUCGUAUGAAAUGAACAUGAACCUCACAAUUUCGAAGAAACGUAAGUUCGUCUCCGACGGUAUCUUCAAGGCAGAAUUGAACGAGUUCCUGACUCGCGAGCUCGCUGAGGAUGGUUACUCCGGUGUUGAGGUGCGUGUGACCCCCUCCCGCACUGAGAUCAUCAUCAUGGCCACCAAGACCCAGCAGGUGUUGGGCGAGAAGGGUCGUCGCAUUCGCGAGCUCACCGCCAUGGUGCAGAAGCGUUUCAACUUCGAGACUGGCCGUAUCGAGCUUUACGCCGAGAAGGUCGCCACUCGUGGUCUGUGCGCCAUCGCUCAGGCUGAGUCGCUGCGUUACAAGCUCACUGGAGGUCUGGCCGUCCGUCGUGCCUGCUACGGUGUGCUGCGCUUCAUCAUGGAGUCUGGCGCCAAGGGCUGCGAGGUUGUUGUGUCCGGCAAGCUGCGUGGUCAGCGUGCCAAGUCAAUGAAGUUCGUCGAUGGUCUGAUGAUCCACUCCGGUGAUCCAUGCAACGACUACGUCGAGACUGCCACACGUCACGUGCUGCUGCGCCAGGGCGUGCUUGGUAUCAAGGUCAAGAUCAUGUUGCCUUAUGAUCCCAAGAACAAGAUUGGCCCCAAGAAGCCACUGCCCGACAACGUUUCCGUUGUGGAGCCCAAGGAGGAGAAGAUCUACGAGACCCCCGAGACGGAGUACAAGAUUCCCCCAACCAACAAGCCCCUGGACGAUCUGUCUGAGGCUAAGGUUCUGUAAACUUAAGUUUUACUACUGUUAACUGAAAAGAGCAACAAACAACAUCAGCUCAGCAGCAAUGCGUUAAAUACAAAACAACAACAACAAAAACAAGAGAAACAGACAAAAUCAUCAA